CCAGCCAAACAUGGAGCACGCCAUUUUGAAAACGCUCCUUGUUUUAACACUUUUACAACUAUGCCGCGCAGAAAUAUCGCAAAUUCUGCCAGGACAAUGGUUUUCAGCCAACGCCAUUAACGACGACUUCUCCCCGAAGCCAAUCUCAGAACUAUUCUCAUCGAGCCAAAGCCCGCCUGCGCAGUCUUCGACUUCCUUCGUCACACAGCCAGUCAUUGUAACUCAAUCUUCACCCCAAAACUCUGUAACACAAUCUACGCCUCAAUUCACGGUCACUCAAUCUCCACCUACUUUAACCGUGAAACAGACGCAACCCAGCUUUUCUGUAACACAACCAAUCGUCGUACUAUCACCCUCAUCUACGCCACAACCCACUUAUCCUUCAUCCAACCAACCUGGAACAACUUUGUUCCAAACGAUCAGCACUUCAAAAGCUCCAGAAUUCUCAAGCACACCUUUACCAACAUUCGGUGAAAUAGACCUUUCCUCAGUAAAUUUCACUCCAUCAACAACUCAAACGCCUACUUUCUUUGAUAGUGGUUUAACGUUUACUCCACCUACUGUUCGAAUUGUACCACCGGCUUCAACCCAAUUUUCAACUUUUGCCAGUGAAUUUCCAUCAACAACUUCGACACCACCGCCUAAUUUUGUCGUUGUGUACCAAGCACCACAAAAUACCCGGCCAACUGAAGUUCCUCCGCCAGUACCCACUGUGUCUACGCCUCAAGUCACAUCUACUACAAUCUCAACAUUACCAAGUACGACAAUCACCCCUGCUGUUAUAAGCACUACUACCACUUCACCAUUUACAUCACCUGCUAAUAUUUGUCGUACAUCUCCUAUUGUAACGCCUACAAUACUUACAUCAACUUUAGCACCAAAUACACUAUCCAACAGACCAAUCUCCACGAAAUCACCAGGGCUUAUAAUAAGAGUUGUUGCUCCUAAAGGAUCAAUUACAAACGUAAAGAUAAACCCAACUACAAGUACACAAAGGCCACGUACGAAGAGGACAUCGAAGCCAAAGAGAAACUCAUACGAUGCGUGUAUACAGUCCUGCAGAGGGAGAAAAGAUAUCCUAUGCAGCAUUCCACUGUCCUCAACCAUAAUUGAUCCAAAGGAAUUAAAGAGUUUCCCUUCGAUCUGUCACAUGGCUUGUCACAACUCCUACAGGACUCCAGCUUACGAGAAGAUCACAGACGGCCGCUGCAGUAGACUUCGUACGCGAAUCGUGACAGUUGGUAGCACCACCAAAUUAAGAAGAGACGAGCUCAAGAAGAGUGAGUACAGCAUUGUGAACGCCGGGCAACAAGGCACAGUCGUUGAAUUCUCAAAUGGGUCUAUUUAGCGUCGUCAAAGUGGAAAGCCACUCAUGAAAAUUGUAUCGCACAGAGUUAUAAAGUGUGGUCAGGCAGAUAAAGCUGAAUAAUAAAUCUCAGAUUAAUCCGAAUUUUUCUGAAGAUAACUUUUGCGGUACGCCUCCACUAAAUUUUGAAUGCUAUUAUUGUAUGUUCGGAGAUUUAAUAUAAUACUAUGACCAUUGACAUUAGUAGGCUUCUAUCUUUCCUUACUUGAACGCUCAAGUUAUUCGAUAGUAUGUAAGUACUGACUAUGUCUCAUAAACUACAAUUUUACGAAAUUUUAGCUUUAAAAUAUCAUAAGUGACUGAUAGAAAAUAGGACAAGGUUGAAAUUGUUAAUUUAGUAGUUACGUUAGUACUAAGAAGAAUGUGCCUUUUAUGAAACUAAUUUUAAUAAUUCAUUUCAUUUUUAACUUCCAUAUUUUUUAUACUUUUUGUGUAGAUAUUAAUGAUUUUAAUAUUAAACUAUUGCUUUUUUUUUAAAGAUAUAAAAUAUAUUGUUAAAUUUAAACGAAUAAAAUAUUUGAUUUUUUUUAUCCCAGCGAAAUCUAGUGUCAUAGA